AUGGCGUCUACUAACAAGAUUGUCGUUAUUGGGGGUGGAGUGAUCGGAUUGACGACGGCGUAUCUGCUCUCCAAGGACAAGUCGAACGAGAUCACGGUUGCUGCGAAGCAUAUGCCCGGUGAUUAUGACAUUGAAUACUGCUCGAUGUGGGCUGGUGCCAAUUUCCUCCCCGAUGAAUACUUUGUUUCUCCCUGGUAUAGUGUAGGUGCAGAAGGCUCUGCACAUGCACGGUGGGAGACAAACACCUGGCCUGUCCUUGAGGACCUGGCACAGAACCACCCGGAAGCCGGCAUACAUUUUCAAAAAUCCGUCGUAAUAAAUCGAAAGAAGGAUGCAGAAUCUGCAACCGGGCUAUGGUUCAAAGAGCUGCUCCGCCCAGAUCCCUGGUAUAAGGAUAUUGUUCCCGAUUUCAAACUCGCCGCCGAUUGCGAUCUGAAACCUGAAGUAGACAACGAGGCCUCCUUCACCUCCGUCUGCAUGAACGCACCCGUCUACCUAUCAUGGCUUGUGUCUCAAUGCUGCAAGAAUGGCGUUGUAUUCAAGCGUGCUACAUUCAAACACAUCUCGGAGGCAGCAACCGUACAUGCUUCCGGCCAAAAGCCAGAUCUCAUCGUCAACUGCACCGGUCUGGGUUCUUUGAAGUUGGGCGGAGUUCAAGAUAGUAAGAUGUAUCCCGCUCGUGGCCAGGUUGUGGUCGUGCGAAAUGAUCCAGGGGCUAUGUAUUCGCUUUCAGGCUGUGAUGACGGGGACGACGAAGCUUGCUAUAUAAUGAUGAGAGCAGCCGGAGGUGGAACCAUUCUGGGCGGCUCCUACCAGAUAAACAGCUGGGACAGCCAGCCAGAACCUAGCCUGGCAGUCCGGAUCAUGAAACGAUGCAUCGAGGUGUGUCCCCAGCUUGUUGGCAAGGACGAAAACGGUAAGCAACGUGGCAUUGAAGGUCUCGAUAUCAUUCGCCAUGGCGUUGGACUACGACCUCUCAGACACGGCGGCACUAGAGUUGAGAAGGACAACAUUGAUGGCACCGCCGUCGUGCAUAAUUAUGGCCAUGGUGGGUUUGGAUACCAGACCUCUUUUGGAUGCUGUGCAGAAGCUGCUGCUUUGGCAAAGGAAGCGCUGGCAGAAAUAAAGCCGAAAGCCCGGCUUUAA